AUCAGAAUAGAAGGGGAAAAGAAAACCUUCCCCUCUCCUGUUAGGAAAAUCAAAAAGUCAAGGAAAUUCUCCCUAAAGCCCCACCUUUACCGCUGUCCUUCCUCUUUCAUCCCCCUAUAUACCUUUUUUCCGUCUUAGCCCUACCCUAUAAAUUUCCCCCAAAAGCCUCAAACUUCCAGUCAAUAACCGUCAAAUCUCUUCCACUCUCCUUCCCCAAAGCAUAAUAGCCCUAGCUAGCCAUGUCGAUCACCAUCACAGACUACGAAUUGGACUGCAACACCCACGACCUCUACAGAGUAGAUUUCUUCGACGACUAUAUCAAAACCCUAGUCACACACACCCCCUCCAAGCUCAGGUCUUGGAUCCAAACAAUAAAAUACCUUCACAGUUACAGGCUCCACAAGCUCAUUGUAGGGCUCGAUAUAGAGUGGCGUCCUUCCUUCACCAAAGGUAUCAUCAACCCCGUUGCAACCCUACAGUUGUGUGUGGGCCACAGUUGCCUCAUAUUUCAGCUUCGCUACGCCCCUCGGCUCCCCAAGUGUCUGUUUGACUUUCUUGGGAAUCCGAGGUUUACCUUUGUGGGCGUAGGAAUUCGGGAAGAUGUUCGAAAACUUAUGGAUGAUUAUGGGCUUGUGGUGGCAAAUUUUGUCGAUCUUAGGGUUUUGGAGGCGAGGAGGUACGGGUGGAGCGUGCCCCGGAACUUGAGUCUAAAGGACAUGGCAGAGGAGGUUCUAGGCCAGGAGUUUCAGAAGCCAAAGACUAUUACUACGAGUCACUGGGAUAAGCCAUGCCUCUCUCUUGCGCAAGUCAAGUAUGCCUGUGUUGAUGCCUUUGUUUCUUUCGAAAUUGGGAGGGUUUUGAGAGCAGCAGAUUAAAUGAGUACACUGUUUUCCUUUUCCUUUUCUUUUAGGUAAGGAUGAACAAUUGAUAAAUAAUUGCUUAAUGCAUGUGUCAUGCGUUACUCUAUAAGUCUGUAUGUUCGUCUGAAUUUUUACCUUUAUGUCAAAAUCUUAGACCUCUA